GGAGGAUUGUCCGACCUGAGAGUUUAAACAAACCAGAGAGCCCGUCCGAGCGGAGCUCUCACACACACACACACAGACACACACACACACAGACACACACACACACUCAUACAGCUGUUGGGAGUUUGAGGGAAACUCUGCUGAGCUUUCACCGGAGAGCGGAGCUGAGGAAGAAAGCAGAGCUGAUUGAAGAGGAGGCCACCAAGGAUUGGGGAUCGAACCAACCAGACCUUUGUCCUCGGGAGCCCCUCCCUCUCAGAGCCCGGAGGGCCGUCUUGGGCCCCCAGAGGACCACCACUGACUGACCUUCUACCGAUGGAAGCGCCGACCCCGGCUGAGAUGGGAGACCCGUGUCACCCUCGCUCCUGCUCCCCGGAGGGGGAGACGGUGUGCGCGGCUCUGGCCCGCUACGAGACCACCCUGCGGGACGCCAUCAGGGAGAUCCACGUGGACGUCAGCGCUUUCAAGCUGGGCAUGGAGCGCCGCCUGGAGGAGACGGCCGACCCCGGGGGGCCCCUCGGACGAGCCGUGGCUCAGCUGCGGCAGGAGAACCGGCAGCUCAGGGGCCAGCUGGAGGCGCUGACCCUGCAGGUGGAGCUCCUGAGUGGGAUGGCGUGCGACAGGAGCGCCUUGCUCAACAACAACAACAACCACCACAGUCAGAACCACAAGAACCACCUGAGUGACAUUCAGGAGAACCACCGGGAGGGGAGGGAGGUGGUCUACGGGAAGGGCGAGGCUCACACCCAGAGCCAGGCUCUCCUCCACCUCCAGCCCUGCAGCCUGGGGGGCCAGGGCAACAGCUACGGGGGUCAGUCCAGUCCCGCGUCCCCACCCGUCUCCUUCUCGUCCUCGCCGGGCUCCGGGAGUCCUCCGGCGGGCUGCAGGGUUUCCUCCGUGGCGACGGGCCCCGUGGCAAGCGGCAGCCCCUCCGCCGCUCGCUUCUCCAGCCGAGCCACGUUCGCCGUGUCCAGCAAGACCAACAGCAUUGAGCGAGAGGAGCCGAUAGAGGUGGACCCCACCCCCGGCCCGGAGAACGGCGCCCCCACAGAACAUUCGGAAGUGGUGCUCGAAAAGAUCUCCUCGCCCGACGACCCCCCACAACAGCACUCGGCCCCCGUUGCCAUGAGGAUGCCCCACCUCCCCAUCACCGCGACGACCAAGACGGCAGAAAUGAAGGGCCCCGACUCUCCCAGCAGCCCCUCAGAGGCCUCGGCUGCCGGCCAAUCGGCUGCCGGCACCAACCACAGCCAACCGAUAGAGGAGUCUCCAGUUCAGCCAGUGUCGUCCACGUGGACUCCGACACCAAUCAGAGCUCUGGGCUCCCCCCGCCUCCAAGAGACGGCUAAGUCGGCCCCGCCCAAGUCCGUGACCUACUCGGGGCUUUCGCAGCACGACAGAGACCCCAACGUCAGCAACGACAGGCCCGACGGGCAGGUGGCGGAGAGGAGGCGGGAACUGGUGAGGUCGCAGACUCUGCCGCGCAGCAUUGGCGCUCAGGCUCGCCGAUCCGUCUUCGGGAGGCUGGACUCGGAGGCCGGUGGCGGGCGCCCCAAUCCGGUGGACUCCAAACCCACCCUGAAGAGGUCUCAGAGCUUCGGGGUGUCCAGCGCCAGCAGCAUCAAACAGAUCCUCCUCGAGUGGUGCCGCUCCAAGACCAUCGGCUACCAGAACAUUGAAAUCCAGAACUUCUCGUCCAGCUGGAGCGACGGGAUGGCCUUCUGCGCCCUGGUGCACUCCUUCUUCCCCGCCGAGUUCGACUACAGCGCCCUGACGCCCGCCGGGCGCAAACACAACUUUGAGCUGGCCUUCGGAACCGCAGAGCGGAGGGCCGGCUGCGACCGGCUGAUCGAGGUGGAGGACAUGAUGAUCAUGGGCCGUAAACCCGACCCCAUGUGCGUCUUCACCUACGUCCAGUCGCUCUACAACCACCUGCGCAAGUUCGAGUGAAGCCUUCGGGCCUCCUCCUGCAUCUUCUCCUGGAGCACACUUCUCUUUGAGAAGGACCACACGGCCCCCUGGUGGCGGACGGGUGGACGCGCCGCGGGGUGCAGCCCGCGAGGACACUGACUCGUGGAGAUUAUUCGGUUGGUGACGUGGAGACACACAAACACUUCUUUUUGUAUGCGUUUAGUUUGAGAUGAGAGUUUAAUAUUGCACCAAAUGAGAAGAAGUGUGUUUCACAAAGUGUAAGUGAACUAAGUGAGAUGAGAUUAUGUAUAAAUCACAUCCACAUAUGCUGUGAUAUUGAGACAAUGACUUGAGAGACAUUAAAACACGAAAUAAACAAAUUGUACAAAGACACAUUGUGGACAUUGUUUU